UGUAAAAUGAGGUGAUGCAAACUAACGCAUGGCUUUUUAAUGCUAGCUAACAGUUGACCUCUAUGGUGGCUGCAAGCUAGCUAGCUUACUUGCUAUAUACAGCGGCUUGCUCUCUAUUGAUUCAUUGAUUUUGGGUGGCAGGUAGGCUAGUGCGUUGGACUAGUAACUGAAAGGUUGCUGGGUCGAGUCCCCGAGCUGACAAUGUAAAAAUCUGUCGUUCUGCCCCUGAACAAGGCAGUUAACCCACUGCUCCCCGGUAACUUAGGCCGUUAUUGUAAAAAAGAAAAACAAUGUUCUAAACUGACUUGCCUAGUUAAAUUCAAAGGCAUUUAUUUUUGUAUGCAAAUACCCCCGUUCACUGAUGAAAUGUAAUUUGAGCACAGCUGAACUUAUCAACAACAUGGACAAGAAAGCAACAUGGGACCGGUUCUACACAGAAAACAGCAAGGCAACCAACUUCAAGAAUUUUGAGUGGUUCUUUGGUUUCGACGCAAUCCGGGACUUCAUCUUGCCUAUGCUGCAUUCACAGCACAACUCUGAUGCCCUACAUGUUCUGGACAUGGGUUGUGGUACCUCUGCCCUGGGACCCUGCAUAUACAGAUACUCUCCCUGGCCAGUGCAGGUGACCUGCGCUGACAUCUCCGCUAUUGCGGUGCGCCUUAUGCAGGAACACACAGAAACCAAAGCCCUGCAACCUCAGAAUACUUCCUCUAAGCUGGACUUCUUAGAACUGGACUGCACUCAUCUCCACAAACACUUUGGUUCUGAGAGCCUAGACCUCAUUCUAGACAAGGGCACCAUAGAUGCCUUGCUAAGGUCGAGGGAAGGUGGAGCCAAGGCCAGUCAAGUGCUUAAGCAGUGCCUAAAGGUGUUGAGGGACUCUGGGUCUCUCCUUCAGUUCUCAGAUGAGGACCCUGAUGCCAGAAUGUUGUGGCUGGAGAAAGAGGGCCAGGAACUGGGGAGGAUGGUUGCCGAUGUGGGGGUGCAGGAGGUGGGAGAGUUAAGGGGAGUAACUUAUUACUGCUACCAAGUUACAGCUCAUCCUGUAGCACAGUAGAUAGUUGUUUGUGUAUGUCUGCGUAGUCAGGGAGUGAACAUAUUUGAUGUGACUGUAAUAAAUAAUUAAUUUCUUGAUA